AUGGGUGUCCACAACAACCGAUCUGCGACGACGAACGCUGGCGUUAUCUCGCUGAAUUUCAACGACUUCGAAAACAACAUCAACGUGUCAUUCCCCGUCAACGAGGCGGGAACGGGCAUCCUCAGUAUCCCGGGACUGGACAAGACAAACAAAUUCGUAUUCAUCAUCCCCGGGUACACCCAUGGCAUCACCACCCAUUCCAUGGGUCUGAUUGAGGAGAGCUUCAAAUCCAUGGACACCUACGUUAUUAUUUUGCACGAUUCAGUCUACACGAAUCUCUUCAAGACGAAGAAUGUCGCCACCAACUACGAGAAGGCUGUGACGUACGCGAACGGAAUCGGCAAAUCUUUAGCUGAUGUUUUAGUCAUUCUGACCAGCAACGGCGUUUCAGUGAAAGAUAUCCACUUCAUUGGACACAGCAUGGGAGGGCACAUAGCCGGUGUCACUGGACAAUCCUUGUUGGAAAAAACUGGCUUGAAGCUCAGUCGCAUAUCUGCCUUGGACCCGUCCGGGCCGUGCUACGAGGAUCGCUCGAAUCACGUGAAGAGGGGCCAAGCUACCUUCGUAGACAUUUACCACUGCAACGCCUUCGAGCUCGCUUCGAGCAGGCACUACGGCGACGUUAGUAUCUUCGUCAACAACGGAGUGAUCCAACCCAAGUGUUUCAGCCCUACGUCGACUGGUACCUCGCCUGGCGCUGCCGCGGCACUCUGCAGCCACAUGUCCUGCGAAAACUUCUUCUUCUCAACGCUUGCCCAACCUGACAUAUUCCCCGCGUUCAAAUGCGACUCCUACAGAAGUUACAAGAGGGGCGAAUGCAAGAACAACGAACAAAUCUCGGCUGGUUACUGGAUGCCUACUAAUGCUAGUGGUAAUUAUUAUACGACGACCGGAGACAACGAUAUCUAUCAACCAUAA